GAAGAAGUGAGGCGGGCGUUGGGACGGAAAUAACAUUUACAAACGGGAAGUGUGGCAGUCUCCCCACCGAACUGCCAGCGGGAGCCAUGGAGGCCUACGAACAGGUCCAGAAGGGGCCCCUGAAGCUGAAAGGCGUUGCAGAGCUCGGCGUGAACAAGCGGAAGAAGAAAAAGAAGGACAAGGACAAGGCGAAACUUCUGGAAGCCAUGGGAACAAGCAAGAAGAACGAAGAGGAGAAGCGGCGCUGCCUGGACAAGCGGACGCCGGCCCAGGCGGCCUUCGAGAAGAUGCAGGAGAAGCGGCAAAUGGAGAGGAUCCUGAAAAAAGCAUCCAAAACCCAUAAGCAGAGAGUGGAGGACUUCAACAGGCACCUGGACACCCUCACAGAGCAUUAUGAUAUCCCCAAAGUCAGCUGGACCAAGUAGAUCCUGGCCCUGGCUGUGGAGGAGCAUCGAGGGAGAGCAGAAGACAAAGUCGGGAUUGUUUGGUUGCUUUGGUAUUUUCCGGAAACAUUCUUUUAUACCCAUGCCUCUUCUGCUGACACAGUGCUUUUCAAAACUCUGUCCCCUCAAUCUAGAACUUGAUUAAAGUAAGACUGCCCUUUUAUUUAAUUUUGGUCUUUUUGGUAGCACAUUGACGGUAACCCUUUUUAGUUUGAAUUGGAAAGUUCUGGAGAUGCUAACCUCAGACUCACUGUAUGAGUGUCGUGUUAAAGUUUUGAGAGUGGCAUCUGACACUCUGAGGCCAGCCAGCUGUCUUUGCCUGGAUGAGCUGGACUGCAGAGGACGAGAAGCUGGCCUGGCCCGGCCCGCACCACGCAGACCCUGCAGACCCACCCGGGCUGCUCUGACUGGGGACUUACAUUCUCUGGCCCAGGCACUGAGGAGCCCUGUGCAGCCUUGUGGCCUUCAGGAUGCCUCCCCGGCCACCUGAUGCCAUGCAGCCCGGUAGCAGAGCAGCCACCCAGGGCAGGGAUGGUCAUGAAUGUGUGCCUUGUCCCCUUUUAAGCCGGUGGCCUAUUUUCAGUCUCUCCCCCCAGUGAAUGCUUUCUGGACGCAUUUGAUGGUGUUGCCUUGGCAGAUGUUGCUGAUUGGCUGCAGCGCUCUCUCUAAUGGAAUCUGGGCACAGUCUCGCACACAGCCCUCAUCCUGGAGCUCCAUGUGUGUAUUCAGAGGUGGCAUGUCACAUGGAGCCUCUGGUUCCUGACCUCGGACCCUCAUGGGGGACCAACCAGGGCAGAGCCCAGCCCAGAGAGACAGGUGCAGAGGAGCAGCAGGGCCCAGGUCCGAAGGCUGAAGAGCUCAAGUCUCGGAAGGUCUGUGUGCACCACAGGAGGAUCAAAUGGCAGCAUGUAAACUACAGAAUAAAGCAGAACCGCUAUUAAAAUGGAA